AUGGAUGGCGUGAUUGAACAGAAGAGUGUGCUGGUGCACAGUAAAAUCUGUGACGCUGGCAAGAGGAAUGGCUUAAUUAACACCAGAAACUUCAUGGCCGAGAGCAGAGAUGGGCUGGUGUCUGUUUACCCGGCACCCCAGUACCAGAGCCACCGGGUGGUGGCCAGCACCAUGCCAGCUGUCGUGGAUGGCAAUAGGAAUGAACCAGUGCAGCAGCUGCUGGACCCCAACACCCUGCAGCAGUCAGUGGAGUCCCACUACCGUCCCAACAUCAUCCUGUACUCGGAGGGUGUGCUGCGCUCCUGGGGCGAUGGCAUGGCCACCGACUGCUGUGAGACCACCUUCAUUGAGGACCGGUCCCCCACCAAAGACAGCCUGGAGUACCCUGAUGGGAAGUUCAUUGACCUCUCCACAGAUGACAUCAAAAUCCACACCCUGUCCUAUGAUGUGGAGGAGGAGGAAGAAUUCCAGGAGCUGGAGAGCGACUACUCCAGUGACACAGAGAGCGAGGACAACUUCCUUAUGAUGCCCCCACGUGACCACCUGGGUCUCAGCGUCUUCUCCAUGCUCUGCUGCUUCUGGCCUCUAGGCAUCGCGGCCUUCUACUUGUCUCAUGAGACGAACAAAGCGGUGGCCAAGGGGGACUUCCACCAGGCCAGCACCAGCUCCCGGCGGGCCCUGUUCCUGGCUGUGCUGUCCAUCACCAUCGGAACCGGCAUCUACGUGGGCGUGGCCGUUGCCCUCAUCGCCUACCUCUCCAAGAACAACCACCUAUGA